CAUAACGUCAUCACUGGUUACCUCUUCACACUCUGUUCAUAAUGAUUAGUUCAUUGUUUUAAUGUUUAAAGUUGAAAUGCUGGCAGAUCUUACACACUGAACUUUUAAAGUAUUUAAUCACAGUCACUGUAAUUGCAAUAAUUUCACCAAAUACAAUAGAGUUACUCUUAUAAAAUGUUUCAUUUAAUUUACAUCCAAUCAACAACAAAAGAAACACAAUUGCUCCACAUCCAAAAACCAGCAGCUGAUGCAAUGCAGUUCUUAGAAAAGUUUCACCAGGGUCAAAUAGCUCAGCUCCCAAAUAAAUUGCCCACUUUUCCUGAGGCAGUGCUGUAGGAAUGGUUCAAAUUUAUUGUGCGUUGCAUUUUGGAGGAUGAUCACAUGCAUGUGGUCAGUAGCAGUGAGCCAGUGACCCAGCCUACCUCUCAGGUUACACCCUAUAUAUAACCCCCCCCCCCCCUCCCUCUCCAGCACAACUUCCCUAGAAGCUCCCUCUCUUUCUACACUGGUCCUGGUGUUCUCCGCUGUCAUCUGAGAUCCCCUUUCACUGUUUACCCACCAUCAGCCUGUCAACUGUCUGUGUGCUAUGGAUUAUCAGAGAUAUCUUUUUCAACACCACCAUCACUGACUUCCUUCAACUGGCUAUCUUUGGGAGUUAGGGGGGUCUGGAGGUCUGAACUGACAGGGGCUGCAGAGGGUAGCUGGGACUUGGGGCUGCCCACAUCCCUUACUCCUUCUCCUUUCUUCUUGCUUGUUGUUUUGGGAGUUUGGGUAGAAUCUGACAGGCAGUAGUGAAGGUUUGGAGGACUACCACAACAUGGACCACACUUUGUUUGGUUGUCUGCGCAACCCUCAUGCCAUAGCCCAGGGCCUGCACCCCGGCAUCACCCAAUCACCACUGACACUGCACGGCCGGAGCGACCACGUCUCCUAUCUGGAUCUACCCAGCUCCUCGCCCCCCUGCAGCUACUCUGAAGGAGAGGACAAUAGAGUGUAUGGCGGCACAGCCAACCGAGGCCACCUGUCUCAACAGCAGCAACCUCAGCACCCGCCUGGCUGGCCCGCCCCACCGCAUAUGCUCUCACGUAACACUCGGCACAGUGUCUGCCUGCCACUGCUCAAGGCCACGGCUCCAGAACUGUGCUCGGGGUGCCCGGACUUGUGCGAAACCAAUCCCGGUUUGGGCAGUGUUGACCCCAUGGGGGCGUCCUGUGUGGCUGGGGAAUACGGCCGGCAGAAUCUGUCCUCAAAGGACAGAGACAGAAGGAUCAGUAAAGGCAAGAAUGAUAGCUCAGAGUCCCAAGACGGGAGCUAUAAGUCAGACAUGAACAGCAAGCCCAGGAAGGAGCGCACAGCCUUCACCAAAGAACAGAUCCGGGAACUGGAGUCCGAGUUUGCACACCACAACUAUUUGACCAGACUGAGACGCUACGAAAUAGCUGUCAACCUCGACCUCACGGAACGACAAGUGAAAGUAUGGUUCCAAAACAGGAGGAUGAAGUGGAAGCGUGUGAAGGGAGGCCAACAGGGAGCAGCAGCACGAGAGAAAGAGUUGGUGAAUGUUAAAAAAGGGAUGUUAUUGUCGUCUGACUUUUCAGAGACAGGAGGACUGAAGAGCUCUGCCAGCUCGCCGAGGCUGGCAACCGAGGAGGACAGUCACGACAGCGACCAGAGCUUAGAGAAUCUUCACCUAUGACCUUCCAGGAUUAUUAGCCUGGACAGAAUUGAAGGAAACCUUGGUGAGACAUACACACUUGCAUACAGCUUGCUGUGAGUAAAGUCUCCCAAUAGACAAUAAAACAAGACUCAAAGAACAUUCCAGAGAGGCUUCUCAUUGAUGAAAGUCUUGCAUUUUGCACUGUCGGAGAACUUGUUUCAGUCAAUUUGUACUGUACUUCUUAUAACAAUCAAUACAAAAAUGUUUAUAUGCCGUUGAGAAUUACCUGAAUAAGCACUCUUGCUCAUGCUUUUGAAAUUCAAUAAUUUAUCAAAAUCAAAGAGGUCCCAAGAGUGUACCUGGUGUAACUGGUAAACGUGUUUAUCCUCUUACUCUGCUUUUUGCUCUCUCUAAAAGUUUCCAUGCUUUUUACUUGCAAAACUUGGAUUUUCAAUGCAAAUAAAUCCUAAAAAUUCAAAUGUAUUGAUGGCGAUUUCAUAGCACGUAUACAUUCAGGGGCGGACUUAAACAUUAGCCACAGGCAAUGAC